AUGGCGGCGGCCUGGUGCAGGUGGCAGCGGUCAGGGCCGGGCAACGGGGCAAGUGCUAGGGCCACCAACGGCCAGGGCCGUCGCAGCCAGAGGUGGUCUCCUGCGAGCUGCGGAUGUGGAAGCGUGAGCUUUGGCGGCGGCCAGGGUGGGUGCAGGUGCGCGCGACCGGCGGCGUCGGACAGAGGCGUGCGCGCGUGGCGUCGGCCAGGGGCAUGCGUGAGUGGCGGUGGCCAUGGCGGGUAUGGGCGCGCGACCAACAGCUGCGGCCAGGGCGUGCGCGCGUGGCGUCGGCCAGCGGCAUGCGCGGCCAUGGCGGCCGCGCGCGAAACCAACGGCUGCGGCCAUGGGCAUGCGCGAGUGGAGGUGCCCAUGGUGGGUGCGGGCGCGCGCGACCGGCGGCUGCAGCCGUGGGCGUGCGCGCAUGGCGGUGACCAGGGCGGGUGCGGAUGCGUGCGACCGGCGGCUGCAGCCGUGGGCGUAUGA